AUGUCUUCGGCUUGCAUAAUCUGCCAUAAAAGAAAGGUGAGGUGUGAUUUUGCCACCCAAGACCCUUGCACCAAUUGCAAAAAGUCAGAGGUGGAGUGCAGACCAUAUACGAGGAAGCGCAAGAGGUUUACCAACAGCCUGUCGCCAGGGCGGAAUGUGUCAGCCUCUGCUCCCUUGAGUCAGACACCGCGGGGCUCACAGGUUCCUCCCGAGUUGCCAGAGGCCCAAGUGGCCUCACAGCGGAAUUCUUUGAGCGUACCUCAUGAAGUGAUUCCAAUUGAAGCCACUUCAGCCGUGGUGCCUAAUAAUGGCGACCCAUUCAUCAAAGAAGAGAGCUAUCGUGGCCGCAGUGAAUAUCUCGGCGGUAGCGUCCCGUUUGAUGAAAAUAUGGUCAAACCCGGUCGCGAAACUACGUACACUAACCCCAAAGCAUCCGCAACCGACUUGCAAAUGCUUCGCGACCAAGGCGCCUUUGAGCUACCUCCAUUAUCAGUUCAAAAAGAGUUAAUGUCCAGUUUUAACUUACACUGUGCACCCUGGACACCGGUUGUGGACCCGAAAUGGCUGGACGAGAGCGCGCCGCGAUCGAUGCUACUGCUCCAGUCUGUUUUUCUCGCCGGGAGCAGAGUUUCUAAAGCUCAUUUGGACUAUGGGUCUAGCGAAGUGUUUUAUCGACGAGCAAAGCUACUCUUUUUUUUCGGUGGUUGUGACGAUCCCUUGAUUUCUAUUGUGGCCGCCUGCCUACUGCAUUGGUACAAUCCGGUUGGGCCUGAGGAUGUCUCUACCGAUACCAGUGGUUUUUGGAUUCGAACAGCUGGAGCGAUGGCCUUUCAAAUUGGGCUACAUAAGGAACCCGCGCCGAAUGCUCGAGAUCGGGGGCUUCGGAGAAGACUGUGGUGGUCUCUCGUAGUGCGCGACAAUAUAAUUUCUGUUGGCGUCGGCAGACCGCGAACUAUCAAUCUACGCGACAGCGAUGUGCUUCCGCCAUCAAUCAAAGACUUCCCCGUGAAUAACUUCAAAUCUCAACUAUUUCUAGCCUACUGCACAAUAUGCAGGCUUCUCGGAGACGCCGUCGAGUCCCAUCUACGGCAGGAAAUAUCUCGGCAAAAGCAAGGCGAUCUCGAGAACGCUGUCUACCGAUGGGCAAAACAAGUUGUUCCAAGAUUACGAUCGUAUGUCACAGAACAGGACGAUCCAGCCAUCUGCAAUUUCGAAGUUCAACAGCUGUUAGUUAAGUAUUUCGUGGUCCUCACUAUUCUCCAUCGCUCGCCUACGCCAGGUAGCGUACCACCUGCAGCAUCGCUGGUCGCAUCUUCGUUCAUCGCUGGGAUUUACGAGGAAUUCUUGCUUCGCGAUGAGCUUCGAUACCUGGGUCCUGUAUUUGCGUUUUAUCCGCUAUGCGCUGGACUGUCGCUUCUUUCUAGCUGUCGCUAUCCCCACCUGCAGAGUACAGCGGAGCAUGAAUUAACAGUCAUGAAGCUCUCCCUUCAAAAGCUAUCCGAAAGGUGGCUCUCCGCGGUUGGACCGUUGCGCGCACUGAAUAAAUUGACCGAUAAAGUCCGAGAGCUCGGUUUUUUCGAGGGUUCAUCGCCUACCCUCGACUCAGACACGGCUUCUUUCUUUGAGGGGUUCGACACAAAACUUUGCAAACAAUGGCAAAUCAUUGGACACACCCCGGAGCCCACAAUUGGGAACGCGGGCAUUUCCCCUACUUGCAAAAUGGCGGACAUCCACACCCCCAAUGAUACCCUUAGGGCUCUUGAAGCCCCACCAGAACAGGAGGUGGACACUUACGACUAUGCCUCUCUCGAUGUUAAUAUGGAUCCGUUCAGCAAUAAUUGGGAAGGUGCCGGAUUUGACUGGAGCGGCUCUUGGCUGCUGAAUAUAUGA